GCAGUUUUCUCCGUCUUCGUCCGCUGACGGUCGGCAACAUCCUUGUCUUUUUCAGGGACUAAAGAACGAGUCCGGCUGUGAAGAAGAAAGCGCCGAAAGCUAUGGAGGUGACACGUGCAACAGCUGCUCUGGUUACAGGGGCAGGAGGGGGAAUUGGUCGAGCAAUCACGCUGCGCUUGGCCGAGCUGGGAGCGAAUUUGACAGUCGUGGAUACCUCGGAGGCUGGCGGGACAGAAACUGUUCGGCUUAUCCGGGAAAUGAGGAAACCGGAGGCUGCACGCGCGAUCUUUGUGAAAUGUGAUGUUGCAUGCUCUCGACAACUUGCGCAGGCCUUCACCGUGCACAUGGAUACUUUUAAGCGACUUGACGUCUGCAUCAACAAUGCAGGAAUCGCGGGCGAGCUUCAUUUCUUGCCGCAGCUCAAGGCAGCGGAGCAUUCGAAAGGGGGCCCAUCGCUGAUGCCAGCCGAGGGCCGCCCAUGGAGCCGAAUGAUUGACAUUAACCUGAAAGCCGUGGCCGACGGUGUGCGGCUGGCGGUCGAAUGCAUGGAAGCAAGCACGGAUCUCAGCAGUGAAGCCGGGAAGAGCAAGAGGGUGAUCGUAAAUGUAGCAUCUGCAGCAGGGGUCAUUCCAUUCCCUGGGUCACCUGUGUACUCAGCAACCAAAGCAGGUGUGGUUAUGCUGACACGAAGUCUUGCACACCUGCAGAAAGACAGAGGUAUCCGAGUUUGUGCGUUUUGCCCAAUGUUCAUAGACACUGCGUUGACCCGCUCUGGAGGUCCGGAGUUGGAGAAGGCAGUGAUCAGCCUCGGAGGGUUCAUUCCAAUGAAGACAGUUGUGGAGGGCAUAAUGAAACUCAUCAUGGAUGAUGGGAAUGGGGGCUCUGUGAUGCAAUUGAGACCGCGGAAAGGUGCUUUCUACACAGCGUUUGGGGAGCAUGCUGUUCCAGAUCUUCAGGCCCAUCACUCCGAGAUCGCCCCCGCCAGACCCAAGCCCCGGGGAACCAUGCGUCCGGCGAGCGGGGUCAGUUCACAGCAGGCCAUGAUGGCACAAACGUUUCCUGCACAAUUUAGGAAGGUGGUAGUCACGCAGCUGUCUGCAGACUUUCGCAAGGCUACCUCGGUAGUGUCAGUCCCGUUUCCGCCCGCCGUCGGUCAGGGUAAGGUCCUUGUCCGUAACGUGUUUGCGGGCGUCAAUGCUAGUGAUAUCAACUUCAGUGCCGGGAGGUAUGAUUCUGUUCCCAUGCAGCUGCCCUCUGAUUGUGGAUUUGAGUCAGUUGGCCGUAUUGUAGGGAUUGGCAAGGGCGUGCCCCCAAGAUCAGGCAUCUCGAUCGGCUCCGCAGUCGCAAACUUUCGAAGAGGAGGCUUUUCGGAGUACCAACUUGUUCAUGCCCAGCAGGUGAUCCCGGUUCCCGAGGCAAGCCCGGCAAUGGUAGCAAUGCUUACGUCAGGACUGACAGCAUCGAUUGGAUUGGAGCGUGCAGGACAGAUGGGAAGAGCACAGACGGUCCUUGUGACCGCGGCAGCCGGAGGUACUGGGCAAUUUGCAGUUCAGCUGGCGAAACUGGCAGGAAACACGGUCAUUGGCACGUGCGGGGGUGAAGAGAAAGCAGCCCUUUUGCGCAGCCUGGGCGUCGAUCGCGUCAUCGAUUACAAGAAAGAAAAUGUCCAGGAAGUCCUUAAAGCAGAGUUUCCGAAAGGGGUGGACCUGAUCUACGAGUCGGUAGGCGGAAAAAUGUUCGAGGUUGCUCUGAAAUCGUUAGCGGUCAAAGGGAGGUUGAUUGUCAUCGGGAUGAUUUCGCAGUACGCAACAGGGGACCAGAAGAACAUGAAGCUAUCCGAACUGAAGGGCCUUCCAGAGAGACUUCUUUUUAAGUCCCAGUCAUUGGUGGGCUUUUUCCUGCCCUAUUACGAUUCUUACUUCCGAAGCCAUAUUGCAAAGCUCCAUCAGCUGUACUCCAAAGGAUUGCUCAAGGUGGCAAUUGAUCCAACACAAUUUAAUGGGGUCGAGAGGGUUGCCGACGCAAUUGAAUAUCUCCACUCUGGGAAGAGCAUCGGCAAAGUGGUCGUUGGUUUUGCCUCGUCAGAGUCGUCAGCCCCUUCACUAAGAUCAUCCUUGUGAGAGUGACUGCAGCGCUUGGUUGGUUGUCGACAAUUCAUCUUGGGAUGACACACAGCAUGUGUCCAUUCAACGCCAUUGCCUUCAUUCUGAGGAGCACAGCUUGCAAUCACAGCCAACCCCAACCAACCCUCAGAACAGUCCAAUUUUUUUUUUAGUUUUAAAAACCACCGGUACCGUCCUGCCCAGCUAUUGAUGCCGAGCCUAGAUUCGCCCUGCGGCGCCUGCGCGCCAAAGAAAAAACGAAGCGACACGGCCCUCCUGCUUUUGGCUGGUGCCGCCAGCCAUUUCAGUCCGGCACCCGAAGCCCUGAAAAAUGUGGGGCCGUAAAUGAGCCGUGGCUUUGUUUUUCAACUGGGAAAAAAAAAAAGGUACUGCUGGUUUAACAAGCCGUUUGUCGUACUGUUCUGCACAGCACACUCAGCACAACAACUUUUUUUUUUGCCGCUUUUCCUUGCUGAGAACAUGUGAGGAGGUUUAAUUUUGCUCUUUGAUUCGGCUUCCUCGAUGCCCCGAUGGCGAGCUUUGUUUUUGUCUUUUUAACUAACCCUCUAUACCUUCCUCUACUGGCUUCAAGUCUCGGGAGCAUCACUUUACUCCAUCAUCCAAGGGGGUGUUGAAGAUCCUACCUAGUGAGGCCUAGAUUUCUAGAACCCUACAGUCUUCUCCCGAAUACAACGCACGGUCAUUAUAGCUGAAUUUAGACUGAAAGAUAGACCAAAUUCAGCUAUAAUGACCGUGCGUUGUAUUCGGGGGAAGACUGUAGUACAAACCCAGGGGAUGUAGCCCAAAAUUCAGAACUUUGGGCUGCUUGGCCAAGGUUUAUAAAUCUAUGCAGUCAUAGACUCAUACUUUGUGCUGCACUUUCCCUUGUAGAGUCUGUGCUUAUUAACCUACCACCUCUCCUUUCUAGCAUGUCCGUUCCCCUAUGCUGCUUUGGAAGCUGUUCUCCAUUGUAACUCAACUUGCUCUAGACGUAUUCAACCGAGGAAGAGAUUGCCAAGAGACAGGAGUUCUACCGAUGGACAGCUUCUUUCUUCAGAACUCACCAACUGUUUUCCAUCUCUUUCCUUCACACAGGUCUCUGCUAUUAUUAAUACAAACAAGUGACUGCCCACUCCG